AUGCCGAAGAAAAGUACUAGGCAUGUGAGAGAGUCGGGGUUAACGAGAAGUUCUCAUCAUAAAAGCAAUAAUUCUGGAACAAUACCGGAACCGAAAACGAAACACUUUCGAAGCGUUCGCAUCGGUCUUACCAACGGCAAACGUUGGCUUUCUCUUAAAAAACGCUUAGGUCUGUCAACGGAUGAAGAUGUUGCGGUUUAUUUGCUGGAUCUUGCCGAAUCUGCUUCCAGACACAGCACCAAAUGCAAUGGAGAGGAAGAAAGGAAAAUGGGUCAGGAUAAGAAGAAUAAAGCAGAAACUAUGCAGACUGAAGAUUUAACAGAAGAUACUGGUGAAUCUUUGCGUCGGAGUCUAAGGAAACAAAACAGUAGCACAGUUUUAGAAUCUGAAACACAGUCUAUUGGUAUUGCACAAACAAAAUUGCCCAAUGAUGCUGUAGUACAUGUUCGACGUAGCUCAAGAUCCAAGCACCAUAAAAAUAAAGCUAAACAUCAUAAAGAUAAGCGGAAAAAGAAAAAACACCUUAAAACUGAAAAUAUUGUUUCACCAAUAGAACCUACUAAACAAUUUUCUAGUGAUAUAACAUCAGGAGAUGAGGAACAGCUUUCCAUUCAAAAGGAUAAGUUUAGAUUAAUCAGUGGAAUAGAUGUCAAGUCGAAUUUAAAAAACAGUCUUCGUAUUACUACGAAGGCAGUUGAAUCUGUUAUGACAAAGACUGAACACAUAGAUAGCAUAGAAUAUAUAGAAAAUGUAAAUAUUAACAAAAAUGUACUUUAUCAUGAUAUUGAAGAUGUUGAUAUGGAAAGAAUUAUGAUGAUUAGUAAUAAGAAUGAGCAAUCAAGGUCUAAUAGUUUAGCAGCAUCUUCAGUUGUUAAGAGCAUCAAUGAAAGUGUGGUGAAACAAAUCACAAAUACAACAGAUUCAACAACAACAAUUAUUUCUCAUAUUCAAUCCAGUGAAACAAAAGAUGACAAAAUUAUUUCAAGUGACAUUCAAUGUGUUAAUACAAAUUCUAAUUGUUCAAAUAUUAACAUGAAUACAGUUCAAGAAGUAGAAGAUCGAAAAUUAAAAAAGAGACGAAAACGACUGAAAUAUGAUGCUGAAGAGGAAGAUGAUGAAAAUAUAAAGGAGGACUCAUCUGAUGAUGUUAUAGAUGAUUCUAUACAUAAACACAGAAAAAAAAGGCACAAGCAUACUAAUGAACAUAAAAAUCGUAAACAUCAUGAUGUAAGGAAAGCACCGCAAGAUGGAAUAAUUGUGCAAGAAGAUAAAAAUAUUUGUUCUACAAUAGAUGACACAACCUCUAUUACAGCUGAGAAACUUCAGAGUGAAACAAAUGUUGAAAACCUACUGUCAGAGCCUCAAAGAUUAGCCAUUAAAAUAAAGCUCUGUCAAGAAUGCAAUAAUCGUCAUUUACAAGAUGCCUGUCCAUUAACAACACCUCAAUAUACCAUUCCAGAUUCAAUUACAUACGAAGAUUGGCUAAAUAAGCACAAAGAAAAUUCUGAAGUUUUAAAGGCUACAAAAUCAGAUGAUCCUAUGUCUGAAGGAUAUGGAAAAGUAUCAGAGGAUAAUGAAUCAGAUGAUGACUCUUUAUUGACUGAACUAUGUAAAACAAAAAUGAAAACUCAAAAAGAGGAAAAACAAUUAACUAUAGAUGUAGAUCACCCAUUAUUUGCCAGAGAUUCGUUGCCUGAAUGUUUUGAGUUAAAAAUCACUAAUGCGGAACACGGGCUUGGAAUAUAUGCGAAAAGUUCUGUUCCAAUACAUGUUAAACUAGGUCCUCUUGUUGGACGGCCAGUUAGAGAAAUGGACAUUCCUGAUGACUUUCCCAUGAGACAUAUUUGGGAGAUAGAUAAUAAUGGUAAAACUUCAUAUAUAAGUACCACUAAUCCAUUAAAAAGUAAUUGGAUUCGUUAUAUUAGACCUGCUGAGACAAAGGAAGAAAGAAGUGUAGCUGUAAUAACAAAGCAAGGAGAAUUGCAUCUUGUUACUACACAGAAUAUUGUAUCAGGAAUGGAACUGACUUAUUGGGCAGACUCGCAAUCGUCUGCAUGGACUCGAAAGAACAAAGUAGACAAAACGAAUUGUGGAGGAUGUAAUUUAAAUUUUGCUCAUCCAAUAUAUUAUCGCCUGCAUUGUUGCAUUUUCCAUGACACCAACUAUAGUUUGACCAUAAGAAAAUAUCAUUGUAAGGUAUGCGGAGCCGCUGUUUUAGGCAAGGAUAAUAUCAUGAAGCACGCAGCAGAAUUGCACGCGGGUCGAGGUGCAUAUCAAUGUCAAUAUUGUAAGAAAUUCUUUUUACGUUUGAAUUAUCUCGAAAUGCAUCGUACCUACGGUUGUGCACAAAAUCCACAACGUUCAAGACCUUUGUGUGACUUUUGCGGACGUAAAUUUUGUCAGCCACAAAAAUUAAAAGUGCACAUCAAACGAAUGCAUAGUGAUAUGUCUGAGGUGCUCCGAGAAUUUCAAUGUAAGUUAUGUCUGAAACUUCUCGGAUCUCGUGCUGCCCUUCAACGGCAUAUGAAAGAGGUUCAUCAUAAAGACGUUGUCGGUGCCGCGACUUGUGAUCGGUGUGGAAAGAUGUUUCAAAAUAAGAGUAACCUCAAAAUACAUAUGUUAACGCAUAGUGGAGUGAAACCAUUUAAAUGUAAAGAAAAUGGGUGCAAAGCAGCUUUUACAACUAAACAAUGUUUGCAAUUUCAUUAUAAGAAGGUACACGGUCUUACAGAAGAAAUGAUGCCAAAAAUCGAACGAUCUGUUGCCUACACUUUCGAUGCAUAUAGCGGUGGUCUUGUCGAAGAUGUUGGUCGCGGGAAGACUCCUCGACCUAGUAGAAAAAACUCUCAGCAAGAAGACAGUAGUAAUGCAGCAUCUAUAGAUGAUAGCAAUUCUAAAAACGACUUAAAGAUUGAAACGCCGAAUAAUUCUACACAUUCAAGUAUAAUCGAAUUUGGAACUAGUCCCUCAUCCAAGUAUAAAAUUGAACAUAAUUCACGAAUUUCAACACCGUCACUUCCAAUGGGUAUAACAUCAAGUGGUCUUGAAUCGGCGAUAGAAAGUGUUCGCACGGAAACGGAUCUUUAUGGUACUUCCAGAUUACAAAGUAAAGGAAGUAAAAAAUGGCUUGGUGAAUUCAAUCCUCCGAUUACCUCGGAUAUAACUGUAGUGCCUAAUGCGAUUUCUCAUUUAACAACGAGCGUGGUUACCGGAAACACUUACGAUUUUGAAGACGCUAGAAAGGAAAUUGACGAUAAAAUAUCAUCAUCCGUAAACAGUACCAGAACACAAGGUAUUAUGGAGAAUACUAAAUUGGGACUUAGUGUUUAUAGAAGAACGGAAAGUGCGAAUGCUAGUUUGUUAGUCGAAGCUGCUCUUGAUGCGGCUGAGAGAGACAUAGGAGCGGUAACAAGUCCAAUAUUGGAGGAUAAUGACCGUGAUACAAAUCUCUAUUCGAUCUCCAGUCAGCUACAAUCUCCAUUACCUCAGAGAUCUCCAAAUCAUUUAGAUUCUUAUAUGCAACAACAAGAGGAACUCAUAUCUCCUACACCUACACCAGAUAGUCGAAACACGCCACCCACGCAUUUACACGUCGAUUAUCAAUUGCAUCGGCCUGUUGAUUACAUCGGUACACCAAGAACACAUAACAUUGAACAGUAUUUGCAUCACGAGGAGAUACCACGUGUUUCUUCACCGAACAGUUACAUUCAUCUUCAACAAGAAGAUUUGGUAUCACCUUCGGCAACGCCAAAUCCACGAUAUCAAGAUGUUCAUCAUCAUCAUCACCACCACCACCACCAUCACCAUCAUCCACUAUCCGCGGAUAAUUUAUCUAGUGAUGAAGGUGAUUCAGUUGCACAAAAUCUCAGCCUUUCUGUCAAAGAGAAGACAAUGCAGCUAGAUCUCUCAACAUCGUAUAAAUAUGAUCCCCUUGAGCAAGACUUUAAUGGGGAACUUCAGGGUUUAGAUAUGUCUGCUAGAGGAUUUCACCAUGGUUUUGGUGUGCAAAUACAAAAUCCACGGUAUCACCAUCAUCAUUUAUACGAAAUCGCAGAAAGACAAAGUGUCGAUCUGAGCAGAACCGGAAGCUAUUCGAUGUCACCUACUCCUCUUUCGGUAGCUUCUCAGGCUCUGUCGUCUGGCUCUUCGGAAGUUCUGAGAGUUGUAAGCUUAGAUCUUACUCCUGGCGGUCGGCACACUGUGGAUCUCACUCUUUCGAGACCUCACCAUUUGCACGGAUCGGGUGCUCGUGUAAUAACGAGUCCCCAACCCACAGGUUCCGGCAAUCCACAUAUCGUACCUGACGCGGUGGAUGGACGGAUUUUAUCUUCUCCACCACCGCCUCCUUUGUCAGGAUAUAAUCCAAGUUAUCCUGUAAGUCCUGCUCCGUAUCACCCACCAAGACCAGGAUAUCAUCAUUAUUCCGGUUACUAUUAAUUAACUGAUCGUUUUAUUACCUUUUCUCUACAUUUUAAAACAUCCAUAUAAUAACUUUUUUAACAUAAUUUUU